CCGUCCAUCUCCGAUCCAACGGCCCAUGUGCUCCUGCCCCAACGGUUGGUGCCACUGCCACUGAAGUCUUCAACCGCGGGCUCUCCUCCAUCUACCCCGACAAAAAAGAAAAUUCCCCAUUAACAAGCAUCCCGCCGCGCCAAGAUCCAAGAAGCAUCGCAGAAAGAAAGAAGCGGCGCCAUGAACCUUGGGCACGUCGAGGAGGAGGUCGGGAAGCUCCGGGAGGAGAUCCAGAGGCUCGGCCAGCAGCAGCCCGACGGCUCCUACAAGGUCAAGUUUGGUGUCAUCUUCAAUGACGACCGAUGCGCAAACAUAUUUGAAGCAUUAGUUGGCACCUUGCGGGCCGCCAAGAAGAGGAAAGUUGUCACCUACGACGGUGAAAUGCUUCUGCAGGGUGUUCAUGACAAUGUGGAGAUAACCCUCUUCCCUCCCCCCACGGUUGCUGCCACUUGAAGUUUGCAACACCGGCAAGUCUCCCACAUUAUUGUGUCAAUCUGCUUGUAAUUUGUUGUGCUUAAAUUCCCAUGAACCGUUUGGUGCUCAGAAGAGUACUAUUGUGAGAUGUGAACUCAUGAUCUAUGCAAUUGCUUUGCUCUAUUGCUUGCAUGGUUGUUGAAACUUGGUGCUGAUGUACUGUGUUGUGAAAGAUAGAGCGAUAAGCUCCAACUUUGAAGUAAAUGGCCACUGUGUUAUUGAGAGUGUA